UUGAAUUAGUAUCAGUCCGACCAGUCGCCAGCGGAGACCUGUGCGUUGCCGUUGCGUUGCCACCUGUUUGAUAACGCUCGCUCGAUUGCCCCAUGACUCUUUCUCGCUUUCGACCAGUUUCGUGUUUUCAUCUUCCUGCUCGCCACCCGAACCUCGGAGCUUUUUCCCCCCGAUCGACCAGUGCCACCAGCGCUUUUCCCCCCAACGACCAGUGCCAGUUCCGUCCCCUGUGAAAUCUAACACGGUGUUGAUUUAACCCCCCGCGGUGUCGAUUCAACCCCUCGCGGAGUCGAUUUAACCCCCGCGAUGUUGCCUCCUUUCGCGGUUUGAUCCACUUCAACAGGUUGCGCGUCGGUGUGUUGUGACCCAUGUUUGUUGUGUGCUUAGUUGUGAGUGCCUUGUGUGGAUUUUUAAAUUCUUGAAGAUUUGGAUACCCAUUUUCCUGAGGUGCGAUCGUGGAGUGCGUUCAGCCCUCGGAAGAGUGUCUCGGUGGUCCGGGGCCCGCGAGGUGCCCAGCCGAGUCCCAUUCGCGCCGCGCGUCACCGCUCGUGCUAUCGGUGACGCAGUUCCACAACCGCGAUUACCCGCGCAAAAAUGCACCGCGGCUCGCAUCGUCUUCCGCCCGAGUCCCACGAGUAGCCUCCGCCACAAAAUCAACGACGAAUCCACCGUUUUCAACCGAUUCCAACGGCGAAUCCACCGUUUACGACCGAUUUCAACGGCGAAUCCACCGUUUAUGACCGCUAAAUGGAAAAUCUCGUAGGCGAUCCCGAGUCUCUCCGCAGCGUCCCCGAUAGGCCGCGAACUCUCCUCAACUUCCACGAAAGCUUAGUCUGCACAUAAUUUAAUUUAAUUUAUCUUAAUUUAUUCUAAUUUAUUUCGAUUAGUUUUUAGAUGAGUUUGACGCGUUUCUGAUGGGCGUGACGAGGUUUUUCCACCGGGUGAGUUUCGCUGUUGUUUAGUCCCCCUCGUCCCUCUCGUCUGAGAUGAGAAUCGGCAAGACCCCGAGGAAGAGAAAGGUUUCGAUUUUUCCGGCCGCUCCGCUUUCGAAUCGAUCUCCGAGUUCGAGGAUGCGAUAGUCGGAGUCAGUGACGUCAUUUUGAACUAGUUCUUGGAUCCAUCGGUGACGCGAACGCUCGCGAACAUGUUGAACUGCACCGACAUCGACUGCAUCCUCCACCAUCACCACGAGCACCGGGAGCUUCAGCAUCAUCUCCAGGAUAAUCGGCAGCACCACGAACAUCAUGGAGUUAUGUCCGGUAGCACGGGCGACAGUAAUGACCAGAUCAUUCAAGACAUCCUUAAUGGAACCACCGAUGCUCCAAAUGAAGGAGUUUACAUGGUCUGCGGUGUCCUCAUCGCUAUGAUUCUAGUUGCCCUAAUCAUCGUUCUUUUAGCCGUUACAAUAAGUAAACUGAGGAAAAGAGAUGAGAACCAGCUGAAUCACGUGAAUGGACCUACUGUCACCAACCACAAUAACAACAUCAUCUCGCCUCCCGAUGUAGUUGUGUCCACCGUAACUGCUGUUACGUCGACUCAAACUGCCGUUCUUCAGCCAUCUCUGGAAUCGACUGCUGUCCCACCACCAUUCCUAUGGCAGUAUUCCGCCAGCAAACCUGUCAACAAGACAUCUUCGCAGUACACCUUGUACAGCAACGACCAGGAAUCGCUAGUACGAAAUGUAUCCUGUGAAGAACCUAGCGAGUGCCGGAAAGGCGUGCGGAAGAAUCUAGGUGGCAAGUUGAGGCGGCUCAUCAAGAAGAAACCACAGCAAGAAGCUUACACAAUACCGGCCGAGCUGCGGGAUCAGUUGAAGCAAAUCUAUGUUUACUAAUGUUAAUAUUAAUUGUUAAUUCAUAAUGUUAAUAUUAAUUUAACGCUAGGCUCAGUAAACUGUUAACAUUUUGGUUCAGGAGAGAAGUUAGAAAUUUUUCCCUUUAUCCCUCGUCGCGAGAAGUGUGUCAUCCUCCAAUUCGGUGUUUCGCUCAUCCGAGUAGUAGUUGUAUCAUUCCAAAAUUCUGCCAGUCGCGACGAGGUGAAUAAAUUCGCAUUUUAUUUAAUUUUCUAAUGGCCAGGAUGUUAACCCUCUUUUUUUUAUCCUUACUCUUCUUUUUCAAUUUGUUUGACGUGUACAGAUAAUUUUUAAGUAUUUCAUUGUACCGUGACUACUUUAAGUUUUUGUUUGUGAUGUGUUUAGGAGACUGAAUAUUUAGUUGCA